UUACAAUUUGUUAGUCUUCAAUUUGAAGAACAAAUGAGUUAAAGCUUGUUUUCUCUUUCCGCUGUAACUGAUUGGUUGUUCGCGCUUCUUUGGGUUUCGUCAGAUGAAAAUGACUAGGACAAAGGUUGGUUUGUUGCAAGGUAGAGGCCUGCAUUUCGUAAUGUAUAGCAGCAUUAGUUCAGAAUAGGUUUAGGGAGGGUUGGGUCAAAUAUGGAAAGUUCCAUAAAUGUUGUUGUUAUAGGAUCAUGGUUUAAUUUACAAUUGCAGCAAAUAAUAAGCACUUGCCACUUACAAAAAAGUUGUGAUUUAUGUUGCUACUAGGCAUGAGACUGAUGAGAGUACAGUUUAGACUUUAGAGUAUGAGUUGAGGUCAAGAAUUGUGUUUAACGAUUUGAUUGUGUUAAAAAUUUGUUAGUCUUGGGAUUGAGGAACAAAUGAGUGGAAGCUUGUUUCAUUUUCUGUUGUAAUUGAUUGGUUGUACGCUCUUCUUUGGGUUUGAUUUUCAACUGAGGACUAGGACAAAGGCUGGUUCAUUUGCCCACUUAAGUCAAGUUAGAGGCCUGCAAUAUUUAGCAGUAUCUUUUUAGAAUAGGUAUAGGGAGGUUAGACAAGCUGGAAAAAAGUUCCCUCAGGUUCUUGGUCUGAUUUGGGGUUCUUACUUUUUAGUUUUUACAAUGCAUGAAAAUUGCUAGAACAAGACUAUUAAUAUGGCAAAGAAAUUACCUUUGCCUUUUAUGCAUGAUAGCUCCUCCCUUUUGUUGUAAUUGGAAGUAAAAGAUGAACUUUUUGAUGUAGGAAUUGGAAGCUUGCUGCUAGUUGGUAAUUCUCACAUAGUUUUGUGGAAUAGUUUGGAAUAUAAUGUAUAGAAAAUCCUGAGGGUACAUGUUUUAGAACAAAUAAUUCAUGAGGCAGGGUAUUCUGCAAUGGAUUUCAAGCAAGAAGAGAUUGAGUCUGUAACUAUGGAUCUUACGAAUAAGGGGGAUACUAAUUUUUCUGUUAAGAUGAAGGUUUUGUUUUUUGCCAGGGCUCGGGACCUUACUGGCUUCACUGAGAUGCCAUUGGAGGUAUCAUCAGGUAGUACAGCCAAUGAUUGUUUGAAUAAGCUCAUUUCCAUUUUUCCAAGCUUGGAAGAGAUCCGUGGGUGCAUGGUGCUUGCUCUUAACGAAGAGUAUACAACUGAGUCGGCACUUGUUAAAGACAAAGACGAGUUGGCCAUUAUACCUCCAAUCAGUGGCGGUUAAAUGCAUCUGAUGUAAUCAGGCACCCAAUUUAAGGUUGUUAUAGCACUAUAUGUUCCUAUGCUUGUUUGUACAAUCUUCUCAAAAAAGGGAAAAAAAAACGUGUUUGUACAAAACAAUGAAUAAAAAGGUAAUCCGAUUAUCUGCUGUUGCUUUU